AUGUCUUAUAGAGGUUCUUCUUAUAGUAAUAGAAGAUAUCAAAGACAUGAUUAUAAUACAGAUUAUAAUAAUGAUUAUAAUACAGAUCAUUAUAUAAAACAUGAUAAAUUUAGACCAGAAACUACUUCAACGCCAAAAUCUGGUUUAAAUACUCCAAUUCAAACUCCAAUUUCAAAUAUUGUUGUACCAGGUACAAAUAUAACAAAUGGUAUUAAUAAUAAGGAUAAUGAAUUUGAUAAAUUAUCUCAUCACUCAGAUUUAAUUAAUUUACUCCCACAAUCAUUUCAAAUAAAUCCAUCAAAAAAUUUUAAAAUUAUUUAUGACCCCGAAUUAGAUAAAACGUUAUUAUUAGAUAAAUAUGAUAAAAAGAAAAAAUCAAAAAUUAUACGAUAUAAUGGUGAUGGUAUUUCAACUGUAUUUGAUCCAAGAAAGUUAAAUAAUGAUUAUCCUAAAUUAAAUAAAAAAUCAAAAAAAUUUCCAUUUAAACAAUUACCAAUUCCAAAAUUUACUUUUGAUAAAGAUUCAUUAGGUCCUGCUCCUUUAUCAACACUUUUAUUAUGGGAUUUACCUACUAGUGUAAAUGAAACUUAUUUAAAAUCAUUUUUAAGUUUGUUUGGUAAAGUUGAAGAAAUAAAAUUUAUAAAUGAUGAUCAAUCUGCUGCUUUUUUAGGUAUUGCAACUUUUAAAUUUCAAGGGAAUCCUGAAAAAUCAAGAAAUUUAGCUCAAAUUUUUAUAAAACAAGUUAAAGAUGAAAAUAUUUUAAUUGAUGGUGUUAAAUUAAAUAUUAAAAUUAAUGAUGUAAAUGAUGAUUUAUUAAAUGAAAAAAUAGAUUCAGCAAAGAGGGAAUUUCAAAAACAACAACUUAAAAUAAAAGAAGAAGAAGAAGAGAGGAAGAUGAGGCAAAAAAGACAACUUGAAGAAUUAAAACGACAAGAAUUAAAAAAGAUUGAAGAAGAAAAGAAACAAUUACCCAAACCUGAAAAAUAUAAACCGAAUACAACUAUACUAUCCAACAGACGUCAUCAUAAAGUUGUAGAUGGAGUUUUUUUACCAAAUGAAUUAAAUAAAUAUAUUAAAGAUCGUCCAUAUAUUUUAAUUCAUGAUAAAUAUGUACCAGUUAAAAAAUGUUCAUCACAAGAUCUUAAGAGAAUGUUGAAAAGAUAUGAUUGGACAAGAGUAUUAUCUGAUAAAACUGGUUUCUACAUUGUAUUUAAUUCAUUAAAUGAAUGUGAACGAUGUUUUCUAAAAGAAGAUGGUAGAAAUUUUUUUGAAUAUAAAUUAAUUAUGGAAAUGGCAAUACCUGAAAAUUUUAAAUCAAGUGUCGAACAACAAUCAAAAGGUGAUUCUGUAGAUGAAGCUACAAAUAUAUUAAUUAAAGAAUUUCAAUCAUUUUUAACAAAAGAUAUAAGAGAAAGAAUUAUAGCACCUACUAUAUUAGAUUUAUUAAAUCAUGAACAUUAUCCUAAUUUAAUUGAAGAAUUAAAAGCCAAAGAAAAAGAAAAACCAAAACCAAUAACAUCAAAUGUCCUUCUUAAACAAAAUGCAAUGUCAAUAUUAAAACAACAAAGAUUACCAACUUUUAAAAAAAAUUUAAAGAAAAAGUUUCAUAUACCUAUGCAACAUGCAUUAAAUGAAUCAGAAUCUGAAGAACAAGAAGAAGAUGAAGAAGAAGAAGAGGAAACUACAAGUAGAUCAGUUACUCCAAUGCAUAAAAGAGAACGUUCUGAAACAGCAGCAACUGAAGAUGAACCACCAAAUAAAAAAUCAAAAUUCUUGUAUGAUUCAUCAGAUGAAGAAAUGGAGGAAUCUGAAGUUAAACAAAAACAAGAACAAGUUGAACAAAUUCUUGAUCAAUAUCAACCGACAGAAAAUGAACCAAAAACAGUUUAUCCCGAAAUAUCUACAACUUCUUUCAAUCUAGAUGCAUUACAAUCAUUAAUUAAAGAUGAUGAAGAUUUAAAAUUAGCAAAAGAUAUCUUACAAGAUUUUAUUGCCUCAAAAAUUUCAAACAUUGAUUAUUGGGCAUGGAAACAAAAAGAUGUUGUUGAUGAAAUUAUAGAAGAUGAAUUUAUUGAAGAAUUACCAUCAAGAUUAGAUUCAAUUAAUUCAUUUAAAACAGAUGGUUACAAAAAAAUUCCUGAUUCUGAUAAAAUUGAAUAUUUACCACAUCGUAAAAAAACAAAUAUAUCAAAACCAGUUAAAACAAUUCAAUAUGAACAAGAAGAAAAUAAUGAACAACAACAAAUCACUAAUAAUUCUCGUGUUAAUAGAGCCAAUAAUAGAAGAUUUGCUGCUGAUAUUGCUCAAAUAGGUACUGAAUCAGAUGUUUUAAGUUUGAACGCAUUAACUAAAAGGAAGAAACCUGUUACUUUUGCAAGAUCAACCAUUCAUAAUUGGGGAUUAUAUGCAAUGGAACCAAUUGGAAAAAAAGAAAUGAUUAUAGAAUAUGUUGGAGAAAGAAUUAGACAACAAGUUGCUGAACAUAGAGAAAAAAGUUAUCUUAAAACAGGUAUUGGAUCUUCUUAUUUAUUUAGAAUUGAUGAAAAUACAGUUAUUGAUGCAACUAAAAAAGGUGGAAUAGCAAGAUUUAUAAAUCAUUGUUGUAGUCCAAGUUGUACUGCUAAAAUUAUAAAAGUUGAAGGUAAAAAAAGAAUUGUUAUUUAUGCAUUAAGAGAUAUUGAAGCAAAUGAAGAAUUAACCUAUGAUUAUAAAUUUGAAAGAGAAACUAAUGAUGAAGAGAGGAUUAGGUGUUUAUGUGGUGCACCUGGUUGUAAGGGAUAUUUGAACUAG